GCGAAUAGAAGCUACCAGGUUUGUGCUACGCCAUCGUGUGGGAGAUGGUUGUGGUCAGAUCCUCAACACCGCCAUUGUGGGGCAUGUGGUGUCAGUUUUGCACUUCCGCCCGAACGCCAACGCCAGCGCCUCCUCGUACUUUUUCCAAGAGUCGCAAUCGAUGGUCCCGCAGCGCCGUCCAUUUCGAUGCUGUAGAGAGUGCGCCAUCCAACGGCCUGGUCCCAGUCACCGUCUGCACCAAGGCGGUCACGUUCUUGACGAGCUUCGAGGGUGUGGGAGGCCAGCAUGGCAAGCAAACGCAAGAGGAACUCAAGGCGGCACAGGCCAACGCCCUCGAGUCCAAGUAUCCCCACGAGCAGACGCAGAGCUUCAAGGCCCAGCAUACGGGGCAAUGCAAGCGCCUGGCAGGGAAGCAAAAGGACGCGCAAUGGUACAUCGAGAAGAUUGAGGAGCUCAGCGAAAGUACUCGAAGGUGGCCAAGGAGUGCGACGAGGUCCAGAACGAAAUCACAGCAACAGCGGCAACAACAGCAUUCGUCGACGCCAAGCCUGAGGCUGCCACCGCGCUCGCAUACUUCGCCAACGCUAACUUCGCAUAUGUGGAGAUCCUUAGUGGAGUCCAGGUGUAGCUGGACUAGAUGGCGGCAAAGCUGACGAAGCAGUUCAUAAAAAAGGCCGCUGCUGCCGCUGCCCAGCCGCGAGUCCCAGCGGCCCCCGCCGUCGUGCAGCUGGCGCAGCCAACGGCGAUUGAGGCAGGCGCGCAGCCAGCUGCGUCGCCCUUCGCCGAGGCAGUCGACAAGCCCGCAGG